AUGAGUUCCGCGCCAAGCAGAGCGGAUCGCCAUCCACCUCCGAGCGAAUCAGACGAUUCGGACUCGAGAGAUGAGGAGGGUUGGAGCGACGCCGAAGAAGACGAAGAGGAGACCCAAGAGGUCAUCUCCUUACUCGAUGAUCGGGUAUUCCCCGAUGUCAUAUCUAUGCUUGCGCACUGCAAGGACAAGCACGGCUUUGACUUCUUAGGCAUCCGCCAGCGACUACAGCUAGAUUUCUACGGAUGUAUUAAGCUGGUUAAUUUUAUUCGCCAACGAGUGCACGAGGGUCUCCCCGUAACGGAAGACAUCACGUUGUCCGCCAUCGACCAAGAGCAGUAUCUAAAGCCUGUGCUAGAUGACGAUGCCGUCAUCCUUGCUCUAGACGAUUUGCCGGAACUUGCCCCGGUAGGUGCGACGGCGGCGCAGGGCGGCGACAACGCAGUCUUGGUCGACGACCUCCUGAAACGUAACAGCGAUCUCCAAGGAGAACUGGAGCGUGUCAAGGCUCAAUUUGACAGUUACCGCGUCGCCGUACAGCAGACUCUCGACGACCGAUGGGGCGACGUCGACCAAGCGGAAGCCGAGUCCGCGGCUGCGGCGGCUAAGGCAAGCAGGGGUAUUAAGAAGGUAGACGAAUCUCAGUAUUAUUGGGACUCUUAUGCUGGAACUGAAAUCCACGAGACGAUGCUCAAAGAUAUGGUGCGCACCGACGCGUACCGGGAUUUUAUCUACAACAACAAGCAGCUCUUCGCGGGAAAGACCGUUCUAGAUAUAGGAUGCGGCACAGGAAUUCUCAGUAUGUUUUGCGCCAAGGCCGGCGCCUCUAAAGUCAUCGCUGUAGACGCCAGCGCCAUCAUCACCAAGGCGCAAGAGAAUAUCUUCCACAACGGGCUCUCCUCGGUCAUAACCUGUGUCCAUGGCAAAAUCGAGGAGGUAUCCCUUCCCGUCGACGAAGUUGACAUCAUCGUCAGUGAGUGGAUGGGAUAUUGCCUCCUCUUCGAAGCCAUGCUACCGUCCGUCCUAUACGCCCGGGACCGGUACCUAAAGCCCGAUGGCCUACUCGUGCCAUCCCACGCGAACAUUUGGGUGGCUCCAGUGUCAGACCAGCAGUACGUCGCAGACAACGUAGAUUUCUGGCGGGACGUGUACGGCUUUGAUAUGCGCGCUAUGCAAGCGGGCAUCUAUGACGAAGGGCGCGUGCUCACCUGGCCGCUCACUCUCCCCCAAUCCGCCGCCACCAAAGACGCCACCAAACCCCUCACUAUCUUCUCCUCCCCCACCGACGCCACCACCAUCCCUGGCACCCCCAACGCCUUCAAGCUCCUCGACCUCUACCACACGCAAACCGCCGACCUAUCCUUCACACACCCAUAUAACCUCACCCUAACCCGCGACGUCGACGUCCUCGACGGCUUCCUCAUCUGGUUCGACAUAUUCUUCUCGCCCACGCACCCCGACUCUGCCGUCGCCGUUCCCACCUCCGCUUCCGCAGCCGAAUGGGCGUCCCUCGACCCGCAAAACCGAGUCGCUUUCUCAACGGGUCCGCACGCCACAGAAACGCACUGGAAGCAAGGGCUCCUCCUAUGCAAGCCUUCGAAAGCCGCCGCUAGUCCAAGCGCGGAGGAGGGGGCGCUAAAGAAGGAUUCCGAGAUCAAGGGCGAAGUAUCAUUUUUCAUCCCGGAGGACCACGCGCGAGGGUUAUCCAUUAAGGUGACUUGGAACGGGAACAAGGGUCAGACUUGGACUUUGCGAUGA